GCAAUUCAUUAUGUUCGGAAAUGCCUCGUCUCAACUGGCUGGAUCUGGAGGGGAAUGAGAUCGAGACAAUCCAAAACUCUGUGUUUCAGGAGUGUAUAACUGUUUUAGUCUUGCGUCGAAACAAGAUACAAGGGAUCAAGAACAAAGCACUGACUCAGAUGCCCAAGCUGGUAGACCUAGACCUUUCUGGUAACCAGAUGGAGACGUUUCCCCCAUCACUGUUCGCCAACCUGCAAGAACUUCAACAGUUGAAUAUAUCCUUCAAUCCUCUCAAUUAUAUUCCACAUAACCAGUUUGAUAUGUUGCCCAACCUGCAAUCCUUGAUCAUGGAGGGUAUAGAGAUCCCCAACAUCAGUAACCGCAUGUUCUCUAAAAAUGGCCAAUCUGUCUCACAUAUACUUCAAGAAGUUCCAGUAUUGCAGUUACGCCCCGCAUGUUCGCAGCUGCAAGCCGAACAGCGAUGGAAUCUCGUCCUUUGAAAACAUGCUGGCCAACAUCUUGCUCCGAGUCUUCGUCUGGGUCAUGGCCUGCGUUACCUGCUUCGGGAACCUGUUCGUCAUCUGCAUGAGAUCGUUCAUAGUCACAGAAAACUGCCAGCAUGCCAUGUCCAUCAAGUCUCUCUGCUGCGCGGACUGUCUGAUGGGGUUCUAUCUCUUCUGCCUGGGCGCCUAUGACAUCAAGUUCCAGGGGGAGUACAACAAGCACGCCCAGGCCUGGAUGGAGAGCUGGGAGUGUAAGGUGGUCGGCUCGUUGGCCAUGCUGUCCUCGGAGGUCUCCGUUCUGAUGCUCACUUACAUGACUCUGGAGAAAUACUUCUGCAUCGUCUUCCCGUUCAGCCACCACCGAGCCGGGCGCGGUCAGACCCUGGGGGCGCUGUUGGCCAUUUGGGGACUCGGCUUCUUCAUCACCGUCAUCCCUUUCUUCAGCUAUGAGACGUUUGGCAACUUCUACGGCCGGAACGGCGUGUGCUUCCCGCUGCAGUCGGACAGCUCGGAGAGGUCCGGAGCCCGAGGGUACUCCAUCGCUAUCUUCCUAGGACUGAACUUGCUGGCGUUUGUCACGAUCGUCUUCUCUUACAGCAGCAUGUUCUACUCUAUCCAUAAGACGGGGGCCAAAACGGCAGAGCGCAGCGUCCUUUCCCCGUGAGGUCACCAUAGCCAAGAGGUUCUUCUUCAUCGUCUUCACUGAUGCCCUCUGCUGGAUUCCCAUAUUUUCUUCUGAAGGCCGUUUCUCUCACCAAGGCCGAGAUUCCAGGUUGAGUAUACUUACGGAUGUAAU